AUGUACCGGGACAAGGCACAGUUUUUGCUGCUGCUCCUGACGCUUCUGUCACUCACAUCCUUGGUCCUAGCCUCUACACCGACCUCCUUCUGCAAAUGCACCUGCUUCUCCAAUAGCACGAUCAUCCCUCUUGAUCCGGCCAAGUCUACCACAGGAUCGUCUGCCAUUGACAAUGUCCUGAACCUAUACGAUCGUGCCUUUGAUAGCGUGGAAGCGGACGCAGCAGAAGGCGACCACGACAUCAGCCCACGAGCACAGAAAUACCGUGCACUUAGCUGCAAUGAUUGCAAUCGCAAAUUCUGUUUGAACUACGAGCUUCCGACGUGUAAAGGAGCAAAGGAGGAGGACGUGUUUACAACCUGCUUCCAGCGAGAUUCGCGCAAGGAUGAAGCGGUAGUUUUUAUUUUCAUCUUUGCUACAGGUGGACUGUUAGUAUGGGCGCUUGCCAAGCCCUGGAUCGAGCGAUACCUCGAGGCUGCCCGAGAACGCCGAUCGUAUAUGCCCGUUUCGGAAAACGAUAGCUAA